AUGGCGAUUUUAGUAAUUGACAAAAAAUACACAUUUUUCAAACUGAUCAAGGGAGUGGGUAAAAAGCUGGCUUGUGAAAGAACAAAGAAAGGUUACAUGGAUGAACAACUUGCAAAAAAAUCAGAGUCCAAAGCCCAGAUUCUAAAAAGUGGAGGCCCUACAAGGUCUCAGAAUAGCCAAGAAGAAAACAAGGAAGCACCAAAGAAUAAAGUCAUAUUUAGAGAUUCUGAUAAAUCCUUGACAUCAACACACAAAAAGGAGCCAGAAAAAAAAGCAAAAAGCACUGAUUUAGAGAAAGACAAGAUAGGAAUGGAGAUCAAGGUGGAGAGAGACACUGGAAUACAAAAACGACAGGAAGCCCCGGUAAAGAAGAGUGAGGCGGGUUUACCUAAAGGACAGGAAUCUCAAGUAAAGAAGAGUGAGGUGGGUGUACCAAAAAGACAGAAAGCCCAAGAAAAAAAGAGUGAGACAGGUGUAUCAAAAGGACAGGAAGCCCAAGAAAAGGAGAGUGAGGCAAGCAUACCACAAGGACAGGAAGCCCAAGAAAAGAAGAAUGAGGUCUAUGUACCAGAAAGACACCCAUCCCCCAAAAAAGCGAGUGCACCAAAAAGACAGAAAGCCCAAGAAAAGAAGGGUGAGGCAGGUGUAUCAAAAGGACAGGAAGCCCAAGAGAAGGAGAGUGAGGCGAGUGUACAAAAAGGACAGGAAGCCCAAGAAAAGGAGAGUGAGAUGAGUGAACAACAAGGACAGGAAGCCCAAGAACAAGAGAGUGAAGCAAGUGUACAACAAGGACAGGAAGCCCAAGAAAAGAAGAGUGAGGUGGGUGUACCAGAAAGACACCCAUCCCCCAAAAAAGCGAGUGCACCAAAAAAACAGAAAACCCAAGGAAAGAAGGGUGAGAUGAGUGAACAACAAGGACAGGAAGCCCAAGAACAAGAGAGUGAUGCGAGUGUACAACAAGGACAGGAAGCCCAAGAAAAGAAGAGUGAGGUGGGUGUACCAGAAAGACACCCAUCCCCCAAAAAAGCAAGUGCACCAAAAAAACAGAAAACCCAAGGAAAGAAGAGUGAGAUGAGUGAACAAGGACAGGAAGCCCAAGAAAAAGAGAGAGAGGCGACUGUACAACAAGGACAGGAAGCCCAAGAAAAGGAGAAUGAAGCAAGCGUACAACAAGGACAGGAAGCCCAAGAAAAGAAGAGUGAGGUGGGUGUACCAGAAAGACACGCAUCCCCCCAAAAGGCGGGUGUACCAAAAAGACAGAAAACCCAAGGAAAGAAGAGUGAGGAGAGCGUACAACAAGGGCAGGAAGCUUAA